UGAAGAUUCGACCGAGAGCCCUGGGUGAGAAGAAGAGACAACAGAAUGACAUCCCUGUUGCGGGGCCUUCUUGGGUUCCAGAUAAUAGCAGCGCUGUCUAUUUGGCCAGGUGCUUCUACAGAAGAGACCACAGAGCCAGAAAUGUUUGAGAGCCACAUGCUGGUGGCAGAGGAAGAGCACUUGCUGCUGGACCCAGGGAGUCUGCUGAAGCUCUACUGCAGUGCCAAUCACAGCCUCGUAAUCACAUGGUACAAAGAAGCCAAGCAGCUUCUCCCAGGUGGGCGCAUCCACAUGCGGCAGGGCAUGCUGGAGAUUGCCGAUGUCACCUAUGAAGAUUCGGGGCUGUAUUUAUGCCGGACGCGGAGCACUGGCGAGAGCCUGCGCAACUUUACCAUCUCUGUUGUGGAUUCAUUGGCAUCCGGUGAUGAUGAUGAAGACAGCGAUGGGGACAGUGCCCAUGUGGAUUCAAAUGAGGAGCCAGUGCACACCCGGCGAGCACCUUAUUGGACACACCCUCAUCGAAUGGACAAGAAGCUGUAUGCAGUCCCAGCAGGAAAUACAGUCAAGUUCCGCUGCCCAGCCUCAGGAAGUCCUAAUCCUACGAUUCGCUGGCUGAAGAAUGGUCGGGAAUUCAGAGGGGAGCACCGUAUUGGUGGGAUCCGACUGCGGCAUCAGCACUGGAGCUUAGUCAUGGAGAGUGUGGUACCUUCCGACCGAGGCAACUACACUUGUCUGGUGGAGAACAAGUUUGGCAGCAUCCGCUUCAGCUAUUUUCUGGAUGUCCUAGAGAGAUCUCCGCACAGGCCAAUCCUGCAAGCAGGGCUCCCUGCGAACACCACAGCAGUGGUCGGCAGCGACGUGGAGUUCUUUUGCAAAGUGUACAGCGAUGCCCAGCCCCACAUACAGUGGCUGAAACACAUUGAAGUGAAUGGCAGCAGCUAUGGCCCUGACGGAAUCCCCUACGUUCAAGUGCUUAAGACAGCAGAUAUUAACAGCUCAGAGGUGGAAGUGCUGUACUUGCGCAAUGUCUCCAUGGAAGAUGCUGGUGAAUACACAUGCCUGGCAGGGAAUUCUAUUGGCUUGUCCUACCAGUCAGCCUGGCUUACUGUGCUGCCAGAAGAGCUGGUGCAAGAGGUGAACGCGCCUGAUGUCAAGUACACAGAUAUCAUUAUCUACACUUCAGGAUCUUUGGCCAUCGCUAUGGCUGUCGUCAUCAUUGUCCUCUGCCGGUUGCAAACCCAGCCAAGGAAGCAGCCCUUGGAGCCCAUGGCAGUACACAAGCUCUCCAAAUUCCCUCUCAUCCGGCAGUUCUCAUUGGAAUCAAGCUCCUCAGGCAAGUCUACCACAUCACUCAUGCGUGUCACCCGCCUCUCGUCAAGCUGCACACCCAUGCUGGCUGGGGUCAUGGAAGUGGAGCUGCCACUUGACUCAAAGUGGGAAUUUCCACGAGACAGGUUGGUGCUGGGCAAGCCACUAGGUGAAGGUUGUUUUGGGCAAGUGGUGAGAGCAGAGGCUUAUGGGAUUGAUCAGGAACGGCCAGAACGUCCCAUCACUGUUGCCGUCAAGAUGCUCAAAGAUAAUGCUACUGACAAGGACUUGGCUGAUCUCAUCUCAGAAAUGGAAAUGAUGAAACUCAUGGACCAGCACAAGAAUAUAAUCAACCUGCUGGGUGUCUGUACCCAGGAUGGGCCUCUCUAUGUGAUUGUGGAAUUCGCUGCCAAGGGGAACUUACGGGAAUACCUGCGUGCUCGUCGCCCUCCCACACCUGAUUACACCUUUGAUGUUACCAAAAUGCCUGAAGAACAGCUGUCCUUCAAAGAUUUGGUCUCUUGUGUCUAUCAGGUGGCACGUGGCAUGGAGUACCUGGAAUCUAAGCGGUGCAUUCACCGGGACCUGGCUGCUCGCAAUGUACUUGUCACUGAAGAGACUGUCAUGAAAAUUGCUGAUUUUGGCUUGGCCCGUGGUGUUCAUGACAUAGACUACUACAAGAAAACAAGCAAUGGCCGCCUGCCUGUAAAGUGGAUGGCACCAGAGGCCCUGUUUGACAGAGUGUACACGCACCAGAGUGAUGUGUGGUCUUUUGGAAUUUUGAUGUGGGAGAUCUUCACCUUGGGAGGUUCCCCAUAUCCAGGCAUCCCAGUGGAAGAGCUCUUCAAACUUCUGAGAGAAGGUCACCGCAUGGACAAGCCCUCCAACUGUACCCAUGAAUUGUACAUGAUGAUGAGGGAAUGCUGGCAUGCUGUCCCUUCUCAGAGGCCCACCUUUAAGCAACUGGUGGAAGGACUGGACAAGGUCCUAGCUGCUGUCUCUGAAGAGUAUCUGGACCUGUCAAUGCCAUUUGAACAGUAUUCACCCUCCUGCGAGGACACAACCAGCACCUGUUCUUCUGAUGAUUCUGUCUUCACCCAUGACCCACUGCCUAUCACCCCCUGUCUCUUCCCCUAUCAUAAUGUGAGGACAUGAGGAGAAGUAGGCCAUGGACCCCAGGGAAAGUGUCUGUUCUGUUCCUAGAGGAUUACAGUGCUUGGGAACAGAAGUUCUCGCAUUGUCCCUGGUGGAAGGAAGAAUGAUCUGGGAGCUGCGUCAGCAAAGCCUGAGAAUCUGCAUCGAAAGCUUCUGGAGCCUGCUGGACAUAUGCUACCAAAAGUGCCCUAAUGAGGACUGGAGUCUUUCCUUGUAAACUCGUGCUGGUGCUUUCAAACCCUAAAAUCUCAGGUUCCCACCAGGCUAUUACUCUAGCUGAGCCUUGGCUGCUGCCAGCUGGCUGGGGAGAAGCGGUACCAGAAAAGCAGGGAGAAACCUAGCCCAAGAGAAGAGCACUCACUACGUGCCUGGAACCCCACCAGACCCUUGGGACCAUCUCCCCAGCCAUGGAGCACCCUGCUUGUUUGUUUGAUGCUAUCCCCAAUUUAAUAAUAUUUUUUUAUAAAAUCUCAUUGGCAGGAGCCAGCCAGCUUUCUCAGGCCACCCGUACUCAGCUGGAUGACAUCUUGCACAGGGCAUGAACGUUCCCUUCUGGCUCCUGCUGCUCCCUGUACAUACCCCUAGAGAUAAAUAUUUAUGUACAUAUCAUUUCUAAUGCACAUGAAUUAUCCACACCCAUAAAUUAUUUUUUGGA